AUGGCCAGCAUGGCAGUACAGCUUCUGGGCUUUUUCUUGGGCCUGUUGGGGUUUGGAGGAACUUUGGUUGCAACUGUGCUACCCCAGUGGCGUAGCACAGCCUAUGUGGGCUCCAACAUUAUCACAGCUACCGCUUUCAUGAAGGGCCUGUGGAUGGAGUGUGUAUGGCACAGCACUGGCAUUUAUCAGUGUGAAGUGUACAGAUCUCUUCUGUCACUGCCACAAGACCUACAGGUACUUCACUCUCACUCUUAAUUCAUCAUGUGCAGGCCAGAUAAAAGAUUUCCCAGUUUUAGAAUAUCAGCAAGUGAUGCCUUUCUUUAUCAAUCCUAAACUAAAUACGUCAGAUUUUAACCAUCAGAAGGUAGGAAAAGGUUUUGAAGAGGUUUUCGCAGAGAUUUAGACUCUUGGUAUUUUGUAGUCCACACAAUUCAGAAGUAUUAUUUAUUUUCACAGUCAGUUUGUUGCACUUCGCUUUGGUCUAAAAGUAAUGUUAAUGAGCACCAUCCAGAUGAAGUGUUGGAUUUAGGGUUGUGUAGCUGCAUGGUUGAAUUACUGAGAAAGAGCAUGAGAGACUCUUGCACUUAACAAAUGAUAUCUGAGUUAAGUCAUAGUGAUUUUGACCCAGUAGCAAAUAAAGCAUGAUGUUACAUGCUUGUUGAUAGCAGAAAAUGUUACUCAGGUUGUGUAUGAAAUGAUUCACUCGCGUCCCUGACUUUAUGAGUCUUUUCUGCCAGUGUCUCUGUUGAACUACAUUUAGUCAGUCGUCAUUAUAUUCCAUGACUUUCACUUGUGGCCACAGCCAAAACCACAAAAUCAAACAGUUGUUGUGACUUACUUUUUGUGGAUAAAUCUCCUCUGAACUGGGAAUGUAUGAUCUCAGUACUCCAAAUUUUUUUUUCCUUUUUUGUUCAUUGUCAAUUUUUUGUCUUUUCUUCCCCACAUCAGGCUGCCAGGGCACUCAUGGUCCUCUCCUGUGUCACCUCAGUCCUAGCUGCAGUGGUUUCUGCAAUGGGAAUGAAGUGCACCCGAUUUGCCCGUGGCUCCCUGAUCAAGUCUCCACUGGCCUUAAGUGGGGGUGUUUGUUUUCUCUGUGCUGGCCUUCUCUGCCUGGUUACGGUGUCCUGGACCACCAAUGAUGUCAUCAUGGAUUUCUACAACCCCUUCCUGUCCAGUGGGAUGAAGUAUGAAAUUGGCCUAGCUGUGUAUCUUGGCUACGCCUCGGCCUGCCUCAGUCUUAGCGGAGGACUGGUGCUCUGCUGGAGCAGUUGUGGCACCAGGUCACAAGGCCCCCUCCAUGUGCAAAGAAGUCGACCACCAUCAGUCCCCCCUGCCUUUAACAAUGUUUAUAUUCCCGCCCCACCGUACAAGCCCCCUGAUGCCCUUAGGGACAAUCGAGCUCCCUCACUUAGCUCUGUCUCCAGCAAUGGCUACCGACUUAAUAACUAUGUGUAG